AGUUAUUUCUCGCCUCUCCACACAACAAAGAAGAACGAAGUACAUAUAUAUAUAUAUAUAUAUAUCAGACGAAAUGCCACCGUUUAGCGGAAAGAAAAAGAAAGAGCAGUUGCAGGCGAAGCGGCAGCGCAAACGCGACGACGAGGAGCGCGCAAACGCGCUGGAGCGGGAGCGUGAAAAGCUGCGUGAGGAACUCGUCAAUCACGGAGAGGCGGUGGAUGACACGCUGCUGGAGGCGUACAUGCAGGAGCGGCACCCGCGUCACCACGACCCAGCCCACGGACGACGGGCCCAUCGCCCCGAACGCGAGCAAAACGCCGCGGCAAAAAGCGAUGCAUCGGACAAGGGCAGGAACGACGGUGCGGGCGCCGACGCCGGUGACGGUGAUGGUGCCGCACCGAGCAGGAGCGUGGAUACGCUAAUGUACAGCGCCGACCACCACCACGGCGUGCGCAGCGUUUUUGCGAAGGAGUCGGCGGCGGUGUUGGCUGCCCGAAAGAAGCUCAGCUAUCAGCCGAUCCCCUUCCGCACCACGAUGCCGGUGACGGGCAUCCCGUUCGGCGAGUGGUUCACGUUUCCUUCGAAGGUGGAGUCGUCGGCGUCUGCCAGUUCUGCGCCCGCUCGCACCGGCGAGGACGCGGAGGCGGUGCUGAGUGCCGCGGACAAAGCCGCGCUGGUUGCGGCAGAGCAGGAGCGCAAGCUGGAGCGUCCGCUCGUGGCGACCACCGCCGAGGCGUUGGGUGGCGGAAGUGGCAGUGCGGUCUUUCCGUUUGCGGUGGAACUGCCCUCACGUGGGUGGCACAUGCGCAGUGGCGACGAGGGCGACGAACUCCGUGCAGAGGUGGUGGCGGAGUCGAACAGGCUUACUGCCCCUGCAGGUGCGGCGGCGUCUGGCGGGAAGGACGCGAGCUCGCUCAGAGCUGCCGAAAGAGUGACGUCUGACUUGGCAACGGCACAACGACAAGAGGACAGCAGCGCAGCGGGGAAGUCGAGGGAUCGAGCAGACACCUCGAGCGACAGGAGCAGCAACAGCAGCAGUGAGAGUGGUGAAGAAAAGGACGACUCGACAUGUUCAAACUCCGCACAGGACGAUGGCCAGCACGGCACAAACAGCGUCGAUGCGGAUGCACGACGUGCAGAGGCGCUCCUCAUCAAAGGGGUCGAACAAGAACGCUUUGCAGCCUACGUGCGGUGUCUCGAUGCCUAUCCACUCCCGGAGGAGAUUGCAGGCCUGGAUAUCAGCUCCUAUGAACGCAACCUCGAAGUGUGGCAGCAGCUGUGGCGCACCGUGGAACUCAGCGACGUGCUGGUGGUGGUCGCGGAUGCGCGGUACCCCAUCCUUCACGUCCAUCUCGGCCUACUGACCUACAUCACGAAGGCUCAACACAAGCCGUGUGUGUUCGUCCUCAACAAGGAGGACCUCGUCCCCGCCUCGGCGUUGCGGUGCUGGCAGCAGUUUCUGUAUCGCUACCUAAUCGAUCUCGGCUUCUCGGUGGAGGCGCCGGAAGGCGAGGAAGGCGCGAGCGAGAAGGGAAAGGAUGAAGUGGAGAAGAACUGCGGUCGAAUCGUGCUACGGACCUUUACGGCGAACCCUCGACCAGAGACGGCCGGGCAGCGGGACGACGAUGUCGAUGUCACGCGACGCCAGAAGCACCGCAAAGACACCAACGCGAAGAUGUACGAAAAGUUACGCACAGGUAAGUUAAACGCGACGAAGCAGCUGGGCACGCGCCAGCGCAACAAGAGCAGUGGUGGCGAUGAGGACAGCAGCGACUCGGACGCCGAGGACGGCGCAGACAGCGACGAACUCCGCUACGGCGCCAGCGAAAACUUUGUCGGGAUGCAGGCCGCCGCGCACGCGCUGCAGCACGACCGUCGUGCCUACAAAGAGCUGGAAAUUGUGGCAAGGAAGAUUACGGAGCUGCUGGCGCUGUGCCGACGCCUUGGAGCAGAAGGGCGUGUGGCACGCGGAGGUGCAGCAGCAACUCCGACCACCGCUAUCGACAGCUACGCCACGUCUGCCCUCCCCUGUCCCGCACCGCGAGCCGCACGAAAGAACAAAAAGGCACAGAAACGCGGUGAUGCUCGUCGAGGCAAAAACAAAGGCAAUGCCGGCGGUGGUGGAAGCGGUGGUGCGAAGUCGGAGGAGGGAGAGGGGGAGGAGGAGGAUGCGAUGAGCGACGCUGAGGAAGACCGCGCUCCCGACAGCCCGAGUUACGUACACAUCGGUUUUAUCGGCCACCCGAACGUGGGGAAGUCAUCUUUGCUAAACUGCAUUCGCGGGACGAAGGUGGUGUCCGUCAGCGCCACGCCAGGGCACACGAAGCACAUCCAAACCAUUCCCGUGCCGGCGGAGAAGCUGACCUUGGUGGACAGCCCGGGUCUCGCGCUGCCUGUCUUUGGCGUGCCGCGUCCGCUGCAGGCGGUGUUGGGCACCCACCAAAUCGCCCAGACCCGCGAUCCGCAGAGCGGCGUGAGUUUCCUCGCGGCCUACCUGCCGAUUGAAAAACUUUACGGCCUGCACCGGCCCGACGACGCGAUGACGGAAGACGAAUGGAGCUCCUACGAACUGUGCGAGGCCUAUGCAAAGAAGCGCGGCUACUACGUGAAGCACGGCAAAGGGGCGCUGGAUAUCCACCGCGCCGCCAUUGCGAUUCUGCAGGAGGCCUACGAAGGUCGCCUGGGGCUUUUUUACGCGCCGCCGGAGUUGAACCUGCUGCAGUCUGCGUGGUACCGCACACGCAUCCGCCCACAUCUGCUGUUGACGGUGUUCGGGCCGUCUCUUCAAUGA